AUGGUUGCGCAACUACCACAAAUAGGAAAAACUAAAACUGUGGUUUUAGCUGCUACUUUCGUGGCUUGUGCUUUCGCUUACUAUUUCUUUCUUGCUAGAGAUCCAAAAAAGUCGAAAAAGCAGAAGCCUCCAGUUACAAACAAGAAGCAAGGUCAGGAAGAAAAAACAGAUUCUACAAGAAAAUCAAGUAGCACUUCAACUGCACCUGAGAUCAAGACUUCAUCUAGCGAUCAGAAAACAUCCAAAUCUGAUAAAAUUGAUUAUGUCAUAAUAUCAAAUGUAGGGACUGUUUCACCUAAAUGCGUUCCUGAUUCAGUGGCUUAUGAUUUGGAUAAAACACACGCAAAUCUUCAAAAUAGAACACGCUUGGAUAAAUCACGAUUUGCUGAAGCUGUAUCAACAACAUUGGAACUCACACAACGAGAUGAUGAAUUGGAGAGAGAACCUGUGGUAUUUGUUAUUGUUCAUUCCUGA